AUGAAACACCUCCACAUAUGUGGCAUUCGAAGUGUACAAGAUCGUGUAUAUUCGCAUAUUAAAGUACAAGUUGUAAAUCACCAAAAAAUAUAUAUAAAUGAAAUUAAGGCGCUUAUAAAAAAAAAUGAUGGGGAUAAAAGAUUUUUAACUCACCUUUCGUUGGAUUAUAAUAAAUUAAAAGAGGAUAAAAAAUAUUUCAGUUUUGUAAAUACACAAAAUGAUAAAAUAAAUGAAGAAAACAUAAAACAUAAUACCUCAAAAAAUAUAAGUCAAACUGAAAAAGAGAAACAAUCUGAGAUGAUUAGAAAAAUACGAAAGUUUUGCAGAAAGGAUGAUUUGUGUAGUAUAUACAAAUUUAAUGACCAUUUUUUAGACCUUUUAAAAUCAAAGAAAUUAAAUGAAAAUGAUUUUUCUGUUGUAAUUCAUUUAUUAAACACAAAAAAAAUUAGAAAUAACAGCUUUUGGAGAAAUGUAGCAAAUAUUGAAAACAUUAAUUUUAUUUUUAAUAUGAAUUUAAAACAAAUAAUUAUUACUAUUUAUAGUAUUUCGAAUUCGUUUCCAUUUAUUCAUUUGAACUUUUUAAAUCCCUUUACUUUUAAACUAAUUUAUGUCUUAUACUAUCAGAAAUACUUCCUUUUAAUAACUAAUAAAAACAAAAACAAACAAAAAUGUGCAGAACAUUUUGUAAAUUUUUUUAAUUUGUGUGUAGCUAACGAAUUAGAAAAAAUUACUAAGAAAAGUGAAAAAAUUAUGAACUCAUGCGCUAUUUCUUCUUAUAAUGAAAGUAAAAAAAAAGGGUGGAAUAAGUUAAUAAGUCAAAAUGAUUAUUCAUAUUUCAAAAUAAUUUUUAAUAUGCGCAAUAGAAGUAAUAAUAGCAAUUACAAUGGUAAUGAAAAUAUGUUUAGUGAAAAUCGAGCAAAUAUAAACAGAUUAAACUUCUUUGACAUAACUAUAUUAUGUAACACUUAUUCAAAGAUAAAUAUUGUAAGUCAGUUGGAAUAUAUACAAGAAUUUAAACAUAUUAUUUAUAAACUUUUUAUUUAUUUCUUAUUUUUUCAUAAUAAUGAAAUGAAUUAUAAUCAUUUAAUUUUGUUUAUUUAUAGUUACACAAAUUUAAAAGGAACUAUUGAUAAAUCAGUAUUUUCAAAAAUAAAAAAAAUAUUAUUAACUAAACAUAGCAUAGAGCAUACAAACUUGCGCAAAAUACACACUAUUGAUAUAUGCUCUUUAAAUAUGUUAAUGUAUGUGCUGAAGAUACAUAAAAUUAACGACAAUAAUUUAUUCAAACAUGUUAUUCUUUCAUGUGUUGUUAAUCUCAAUUUGAAUAAAAUGAAAAAGUAUAAACUCAAAAAAGGAGUAUUAAACAGUAAUGAGGAUAUAUUAAGCGAUGCUAUGUCUGAUGUUUAUGAACAUACUUAUGCACAAUCUAUGCAUAGAAAUACGAAUCAAAACACUGACGAAAAAAAAAUAAAAAAUGAAGGUAUAAAUAGUACAUGUAAGAAUGAUAGGAUAUAUAAUAACACGGAAUAUUCAUAUAGCCAUAAUAAUAUUCUAGAAAAACGAACAAUCCUUGUGAACUACUUUUCUCAAAACGAUAAUAGCUAUAUCAUGCACACAAAAAAAGAAGAAAAUUUAAUACAAUUAAAUAAAAAAGAUUUAUGUUUUUUAGCAUGUAACAUAGAUAAAUUAAAAAUUCCCAAUUAUUAUAAUAUAUAUGAAUAUAUAAAAAUUGAAACAAAAAAACAAAUAAAUAUAUUUAAUGUAUAUAAUUCAUGUAUUAUAUUAAAUUUUUUAGUAAAUUUAAAUUUAUUGGAUAGAAAUUUAUUUAAUUUGUUAUUAUCUCAUUUUAAAAUAUUAUUUGAUAAAAAUAAUUAUAACGAAAAAGAUAUUACAGAUAUAUAUUUGUCUUUUUAUAAAUACACACAAAUAACAAGUUGUAAAAAUAAUUCAGAAAUAUCAAAUUUUUUUAAAUUUUUAUAUACACAAAUAGAACAUAAAUUAAACAAAUUUAAUUAUAUUAAUAUUAUUUAUAUAUUUUGCUCAUGUGCUUAUUUUAAUAUUCGAUUUAGUGAUAUACUAUUGCAAAAUCUUUGUAUAGAUAUACUUAAUAACUUUAAAUCGAUAGAUGAAAAAAUAUUAUUACCCUUUUUAUACUUUAUAAAGAAGAGAAAUUAUGAUAUUAAUUAUAUAUUUUUUAAUUCAGCUAUAAAUAACUUAUUUUCAAAAAUAAAAAGUUCAAAAAGUUUCUUUUUUAUUUUUCAAAUAUUGUCAGUUUAUUCUAUACAAACAUUACAAAAGGAAACAUAUAUUUUACACAAAUUAGUCGAUUUAUUAGAUAAAUUCAGCCAUUUUCUUAGCUUAAAGGAUAAAAUAUUAUUAUCAUUGCAUAUAUAUAUAAACCCAGUAUUAUUUCUAAAUGAAAAGUGUAUUACAUUUUGUGAAAAUGUACUUAAAGCUAUAGUUUUUGAUGAAGAAAUAAACUUUGACGAUUCUCAAAUUUUGGAACAAAUGGAAAAUCAUGAAAUACUAGAUAAAUACAAUGAAAAAAAUAUGCAACAUAUAAAUACCAUUUAUAAUUGCGAUAUUAUAAAAAAAACGUGCAAUUUCCAAUUGGGAAAAAGGGAUAAAAAAGAAACAAAUAAUUUUUUAUUUUAUAAUAGUUUUUAUAAUCAUAGUGAUACUUUACUAAAUAAUAUAGACUUUAACACUAAUAAUAUAAAUGCUAAAGAAUUGAAGAUAUUUUUUUUAUUACUAUUAUCAGAUAUAUAUGAAAUUAAAUUGAAUAUUUUUUUAAAAAAGGAACAAUUUUCUAUACUAGGAAAAAAUCAAACAGAACAAACACAAUUGCAAAACUGCAUUAACGCAUUACAUACUUGCCAGUUAAAAAUAUUAUCAAAUUUUACACACAUUCCACUAAAUAAUGAAUAUUUAAUUUACCUUUUAAAAAAAAAUUAUUUAUUUAAUGCUCAGAAUCGUGAAAAGAAAUCCAUAUUAACAGAAAAAAUAAAUUAUUCUGAUAAAAACAUAAACAAUAUUAAAAAAUUAAAAGAUAAAAAACAGAAUGCAAACAAAAUUUAUAAUAACCUCAAAACGCAUUAUGACGAAGAAAUAAUGGAAUAUUUUCCCGAAUUCGAAGAAUCCCUUUUUAAUGCAACGAAAAUAAUGUAUGAAAGUUCAUUUAUUUAUUUGUUAUAUCAAAAAAACAAACAGAAUGAAGAAAACAAUUUAAACCAAUUCAACCAGUUUCAUGCAGAUUCCUUUCCAUAUAUUUCUUUUGGCAAUACAAAUAGCGAAUUAAUUAUUAAGCUAAAAAAAAAUGUUUUUAUAAAUUCAUUCUACAUUUUUUACAUAUUUCCUGGAAUGACUUAA